AUGGUGGAAGAAAAGAGUAAAAGUGGCCGCCCAGGAGUGGUCAAAGCUCAUUUCCGGUGCUUUGUGCUUGGAUAUAAUAAUGGUGGUGUCUCACUUCAAGGAAGAAAGAAAGGUUGGAAUUCUUUCCAAGGAAAUUAUGGCAGGAAGAAUCCUUACUAUGAAAGUGGUGGAUAUGGGCCUCAACCUUUAAACCUCCAGGAGAAGUAUGAAAAUGUGGAGACUAGGGAUAUCCAAGAGGCUCCCCAAAUUAGACACACUCCUUAUACUGUCUCCAAUAAGAGGAAAGCAAAAUGGCACUAUGAAAGCAGCACCCAAAUCACUGUAUGGAGAGAUCGAAAACAUCUGGACAGAAAAAUGGCGAAGAACAUAAAAAAUAAGAGAAACCAGGGGAACUGGUUUAAGAUCACAGUUCCUAAUGGGAAAAAAUAUGAAAAGGAAUGGCUCGUGAAUUCAAUCCAGAGCCACUGCAGUGUUUCCUUUACUCCAGUGGAUUUUCACUAUAUAAAAAACCGGGCUCGGUUCUUUGUCCAGCGUUCUACAGUUGCCUCUUCAUUGAAAGAUGUCAGUAAUAAGAUUUAUGAUAAAGAGAAUGAAAAGAUAUGUAUCUAUGUCAAUCAAUCUGCUGCACCCUUCUCUGUGCGGAAUAAGUUGGAACCAGAAGAAAUGGAGCAGCUGGAGCUAACUGUGAAAAAAAGAUAUGAUGUUACCCAGAAAGCUCUUCAUCUCCAGAAACUCCGUUUUGACCCAGACUUGAUGGACCAUGCAGUUGAUAUAAUCCUGAAUCGAAGAAACUGCAUGUCUGCUACCCUCCAGAUCAUUGAAAAGAAUUUCCCUGAGCUCUUAUCUCUGAAUUUGCGCAACAACAAACUAUACCAACUGGAUGGACUGGCUGACAUUAUACAGAAGACCCCCACAGUCAAGAUCCUAAACCUCUCUAAAAAUGAACUGAAGUCAGCAUGGGAAGUGAGCAAGAUGAAGGGCCUGAAACUUGAAGAACUGUGGCUGGAAGGGAACCCUCUGUGUGAUACUUUCCCAGACCAAUCCUCCUAUGUAAGUGCCAUCCGGGAUUAUUUCCCCAAAUUGCUACGCCUGGAUGGCCAGGAGCUACCCACACCAGUUGUCAUUGAGGUUGGUUACCAUGCUUUCAUAAUGCCCUGUAAGGAAUUCCACAAAAGAUCUGAUGUGAUGAAGAAUCUCGUUCUUCAAUUUUUACAGGAGUAUUAUUUUAUCUAUGACUAUGGAGACCGACAGAGUCUCCUCAGUGCUUACCAUGACAAGUCCUUCUUCUCUUUGUCCAUUCCAUUCAAUCCAAAGGACCCAACCCUAAGUUGCUUAUAUGAACUCUACAAGGAAAGCAGGAAUAUGAAAAAACUCAAGGACCCCAUCCUGCGCAUUAAACUAUUGAAACACACAAAGCAGGAUGUUGUACGUGCUCUCUGCAUGUUGCCCAGAACUCAGCAUGACCUCAACUCCUUUGUGGUGGACAUGUGGGUGCAGACAGACACUAUGCUCUGCUUUUCUGUCCAAGGACUAUUAAAAGAAGUGCAAGGAGGAUCACAGGGUUCUGUUCGUGCUUUCACCCGGACUUUUGUCACUACUCCUGAGAAGUAUUCAAGUCUUUGCAUCAUGAAUGAUGAGCUGUUCGUGAGAAUUGCUACCCCAAGUGAGACCCAGAAUAUCUUCUCUGUGUCAGUGCCAACACCCAUCUCCAUUUCUGUAUCCACACUCUUCCAGAAGCAAAAGGGAAACGUGCAGUCUUUCUUUACCCAGUCUAGGGUGAAUCCUCAGUUUUCUCAGAAGUGA